CCUGAGGAGCGCGCUAUGGUCCGGACGGUCAACUCCGCUUAUAGCGUCAUUGAGAUUUGGCGGAGGCUCGUCGCAGCGGCCGAUUUCAACGUCCUCCGUGUUGAGCGGGCCGCGCUGCGAAGGAAUGAUCAAGCCCAGAAGGCCAGCCGGCUUGUACUGAAGUGGGAGCAAGAAGGCGAGAAACGCGAGGGACCCGCCUAUUCAGUUAUGGGCUCGUCGUACGAGAAGGUCGAGGCAACAGCAGCAGACAUUAUCGUCAUUCUUACAGCGCUAUACCAGCGUGCUGAUGAUAUACCCGCCACACCACUUACGAGGAUGUCGGUCCAUCACGCGGUCCUCCAACUGGGUACCGGCGGUUUCCGUCCAGGCUGCCUUGAAAAUACCCUGUGCAAGCAGUUCACCAUCUCCAUCGUGCGCGAUCCCGAUGAUCCGACCAGGGUGAAGCCCAUUGUCACAUACAGGAUUGAUCGGAACAAGAUUAAGGAGGCCGAGAAGACCGUCAAAUACAGGAAGAACACAUCCGUCGCCCACUCUACCACUCUCGUGCCGUUUCCCCUCCUCGAUUCGGCAAGCCUCGUGAUCACCCGGGCGAUACAGAUGGACGCUUUAGAUUUGGAUGUCAGCUACAAUCCCUCAGCGAUCUUCUACAGCGUCCACGUCUCGGCAAAACCGGCCGCAUCGACAUCCCCUGGAAGGAGAAAUUCCUCAACGAGCCUCUUUUCCCACUGA